ACGGCCGGAGGGUUCCGGGGCACCCCGGGGUGGGGUCUGGGCGAGGAAGGGCUGUGGAGUUGUAGAUCGGCGGGGUUUGGCUCUGGAAGGAGGUUUGGGGGGGUCCCUUGGCUGGGGCAUCUUUGUGAGGGGGUUUUUGGGGGCGUUUACGCUGUGAGGGGAGGGGGGUUUAACCCCUCGCCCCAUCUGGGGUCGCUGUUCGAGGUGGGUUUGAACUCCGUGUGUUUAGGGUAGUUCUGAAAAGGGGUUUUGGGAGGGUUUAAACUUCCCUCCCCCCCUCCCCCCCCUCCAUUUAGGAUUGCUCUAAAAGGGAGUUUGGGGGGGUUCGCCCCCAUUUGGGGUGGCCCUGUAAAGGGGUUUUUAGAGGGUUUGGCUCCCUCCCUGCUCUGGGUGUCUCAGUUUAAACCCACCAUCCCAUUUAGAGUAACUCUUAUAAGGGGAGUUUGUAGGCGUUUAAACACCCCCCUAUUUAGGGGAGUUUGGGGGUUUAAAUCCCUCUUUCCCUCAUCCAGAGCAGCUCUCCCAAGCGGGUUUUGGGGGGUUUAAACAUCCCCCAUUUAGGGUCUGGUGGGAUUUAACAUCCCCCUGCCUGGGGUAGCUUUACAAAGGGGGUUUGUGUCCCCUCUUUUCCCUAAAUUAUUUCUGCUGGGAGGGAAGCUGUGGGCUCACAUCUGGCCAGAUGUUGAGUGCCGGGGGGCUUUGCAACAGAGCAGAGCAGGGCUUAGCAGGGGUUUAAGUCCCCACUUAGGACAGUCUUGGGAUCUGGAUCCUGGUGGGACUAAAGGAGGGGUCGCCGAGCCCCCAAACCCCCUUGUGAGCUCAAGCAGGAGCCCCCCAGCUCCAGCCCCCCAUUCCCAGCCUGUGGAUGUUGCAUCCCUGGAGAUGACUCCCCCCGAGGAGGAGAGCCCGGAUGGGGACAGGGACGGUGGCCUUGUCCUCCUGCACGGCCCGAAGAGCGGCAGCACACGGAAGGGCUGUGACCCCUUUGCCCAGACCCAGCGCAGCAAACUCCAGCACCGCCGGGCCCGGAUCAACCAACAGAUCAACAAGGAAAUGAGGAUGAGAGCGGGAGCAGAAAACCUCUUCCGGGCCACCAGCAACCACAAGGUGAAGGAAACGGUGGCUCUGGAGCUGAGCUACGUCAACUCCAACCUUCAGCUCCUGAAGGAAGAGCUGGAAGAGCUCAACAGCAGCGUGGACGUGUAUCAGAACGACAGUGAAUCCAUCAGCGUUCCCAUGAUCCCUCUGGGACUCAAGGAGACCAAGGAGCUGGAUUUGCUGGUACCACUAAAGGAUUUCAUCAGUGAGCACUAUGGAGAGGAGGGUGUACUGUUUGAAAAGGAAAUCAAGGAAUUCAUGGAGCUGCGACAGGCCAUGCGCACCCCGAGCCGCAACGAGGCCGGAUUGGAGCUCCUGAUGGAAUAUUACAACCAGCUCUACUUCCUUGACAGCCGGUUCUUCCCUCCCACCAAAACCCUGGGAGUCUUCUUCCACUGGUACGACUCCCUGACAGGGGUCCCAUCCCACCAGAGGGCUCUGGCCUUCGAGAAGGGAAGCGUCCUCUUCAACCUCGGAGCACUGCACACCCAGAUCGGAGCGCGGCAGGACCGCGCCUCCCUGCCCGGCCUCAACCAGGCCAUCGAUGCCUUCCAGAAGGCAGCUGGUGCCUUUAACUACUUGAAGGAAAACUUCUCCAACGCUCCCAGCCUGGACAUGAGCGCGGCCUCCCUGACCAUGCUGGUGAGGCUGAUGGUGGCCCAGGUCCAGGAGUGUGUCUUUGAGAAGAUGACCUUGCUGCGUGCCCAGAAUGACUUCCUGGCCCGCCUGCAGCUGGCUCAGGAGGCAGCAAGGGUGGAAGAUGUUUAUUCCCUGGUGCACCAGACCAUGAGCCAGCCCCACGUCAAGGAUUACGUUCCCUUCUCCUGGACCACCAUGGUCCAAGUCAAGUCGGAGCAUUUCAAAGCCCUCUCCCAUUAUUUCGCUGCCAUCGCCCUCUGCGACUGCCCCGCUCCCUCGGAUGCCGAGCUGCUGGAGCAGGAGAAAGCUUUCCUGCAGUUCCAUGUCACCAUGCCAGAGGGGCCUUCACUUCGUGUCCUGCUGCAGGAUCCUGAGGAGAGGAGGAAGCUGGGCAAAGCUCACCUCAAAAAAGCCAUCAUGAAGCACGAGGAGGCCAUGAGGAUCCACGGAUUGUGCAAGAUCCUAAGGAAGAUGGAUAUCCUGCAGGAGGUCCUGUCCUUCGCCCACAAACGCUCCCUGAGCAAAUAUUCUGAGAUCGACCACGAGGAGGAUUUCUUUGAGACGGGAGAGGCUCCGGACAUCCAUCCCAAAACGCACCAGAAACCCGAAAUCAAAUCCCCCAACUUCUCCCAGGUGAAGGUGACCGACCUCUUCCACAGGCUGGGUCCCCUCUCCGUGUUCUCAGCCAAGAACAAGUGGUAUCCAGCUCGGAGAGUCCACCUGAUGAGAGGAGAGAACGGCUUUGGAUUCACCCUGCGAGGAGACUCCCCUGUCCUCAUUGCCGGGGUCAUCCCGGGGGGCUGCGCUGCUGAAGCCGGGCUGAAGGAGGGGGACUACAUAAUCUCAGUGAAUGGCAAGGACUGCAAGUGGUCCAAGCAUGCCGAGGUUGUCCAGCUGCUGAAGAGCACCGGGAAGGAGGGGGUGGACAUCGGAGUCAUCACCCUGCAGGGCUCGGAAUGUCCCAAAGCCGUGGACAGGAAGGCAGCAGUGUUGUCCUCGGGAUCUGGGAUGCUGAAGAGCAACAAGGAGAACAGCAGGAAGAGCCUGAUGAACAGCAAGAGCGCCAGCACGCUGCUGGUGUGGAGCAAGAAGAGCAAGAGGAGCAAGAAGAGCACCUACAGCGGUGUCCCCUUCACCACCGUGGGGGACAACGAGGCCAUGUACUGACCAUGCUCCCUGGUGUCCCCUGAGCUCCAGGACUGGCUGCCCAGGAAGCUUCCCAAGCCUGGCUGGGCUGUGAGGACUCCCAGACCUGGGAAUGCGCCGCAGGUCGGAUCCGCGCCGAGAGGUGAGCGAGGCACCUCCACCUCCCAGCUCCUGUGCCCAAGGAUCCCCUCAGUCUGGGGAAAACUCGGGUUUAUUGUUAAUUUUGGGAUUUUUUUUUUAUUUUGCUCUCAAGGGGGUCGGGGGGUGCUGUGCUAAAGCAGGGCCUGGUUUGUGUCUUCUGCUUGGCCAAAGCCAGCCCCAGCCAUUAAAGCAAAAGUGUCACCUUCUGUAGCAUCUCCUGGGCUUUCUCUGCGAGGUACAAGAUGGAGCUGCUCUCCAAGAGCUGCUGGAGGAGCUGAAUCCUUCAGCUGAAUCCUUCAAGACUCCCUUUUUUUGGGAGAGGGGACAGUGCGGGCAUCAGUGACUUGUGGUGAUCCCAUCACAUGGUCCAACCCAGGCAGCAUCUCCCAGGUGGGGCUAUCCCAACAAAGUAGGAUGGUUUGACCAUUUUUAGUGCUUUUGGGAGGGUUUUUGUGGGGGAAUGAACCCCCAGCUUGACUCAGAAAAUCCAGCCCAGCUGCCCAGCCUGAUUCUUUGGAAGAAAAGGGAAGGACUUAAUGUGCAGUUGUUGUCUGGCUUUUAUAAUCAGGAGAUGUGGAUUGCCCUAAAUAUUGUGUGAGGAGAUUAAUAGCUAAGAGCCUUGGGGGGGGGGGGGGUGUUUAUUUUUCCUGGGAGGAGAUUAAAAUUCCAGGAAGAUAACUCCUCUAGAUUAUUAAACUCCUAAAUUUGUGCUACUGUUGGAUCUUGCACAUGUUGCUAAUUCCCUAACACUGCUGUCAGCAUUCCUGGGCUGGCCUGAUGGAUCCAGGCAUCUUGGUAAUUGUCCUGGAAACGCUGGGAGACUCCGAAUCCACAAAACAGAUUGGCAAAAUUUCCACCAUCCUGUUUCUGCCUGGUGUGUUAUUUUUUCUGAAGGCUGAGGAUCUGUCUGGUCUUCAGUGCUUGGAUGAUCUUGGGAGGUAGAAAAUUCCCUUGGGAGAGAUGGGAUUGUAUUUUUGUACUUUUUAAGGAAUUUUUAGGGGUGGUUUAAAGGAGCAGUGGGAUCUUGUGGCCCCAGUGUUCCCUGGGAUUGUGACUUCUUCUAGUGGCUGCUUGUCCAUUUUCCAAGCUCUUAACCCUGAUUUUAUCUAAGGAAAACUUCCAGGAAAAAAAGCCAGGUUGGACGGGGUUGGAGCAACCUGGGGUGGUGGAAGUUGUCCCACGGCAGGGGCUGGAACAGGAUGGGCUUUAAGAUCCCAUCCAAGCCAACCCAUCCUGGGAUUUUAUGAGCUCAAGGAGAGGUUUUUAGCUCCGCUGUUGUCCAAGAGGCCUCUCCAUAGCCUGAGACAUCAACACACCGGAUUCCGGAUCCGCCUUCCAGCACGGGGCCAUCUGUAGCAGCCAGGCUUCCCACGUCAUCUUCCCAGCUGCUUGGCGUGGGAGCGGGAAGGAAAAGAGGGGGUGGGGUCACAGAAAAGGCCACCUUGCCCUUAAAACAUCCCGGCAGCAUCUUCCCACCAUCCUAAAAACGUGGGAUGCCACCAUGGACAUCUCCGAGCUGGAGAGGGAUUUAUUUAGGAGAAGCCGUCGCCUUCUGCCCGCAUCACCCAACCCCAGCGUUGGCAAAGGGGUUGUGUUUUGUGGGAUUGGGAUAAUUUCCCUAAUUCCAGGGUUUUAUGUCAGGCUUGUUUUGGG